UAUAUAUUAUAAUUCUCGUUGAGUAUCCUGCUCUUAUAACUUUUGGCGCUAUCUUUCAAAUUAAUCAUGCGGCGUCACCAUAAUAUGAUGAUUUUUGACGACAAAUUUUCAUACACAGAGAUGAUGCUCUUUAUCUCUUUCUUCCAUACAAAUAGCAUCACAAUCAAGGCUUGCCAGCUCCAUCGUGAUUAUUAUAGAAGUUAUAAAUCUAGUCGUCAUCCUCUUACUUACUUCAAAGAACCCGAAUACAUGUGGCAAUGUCCGUCGGAAAUGUCUCACGUUUAUUUGAAUUUCCCGGCGUUCCACGUGAGAUACAAGCAUCCUACAGUAGUUCCGGCUACCUUAGGACGGACUUCUGAUAUGCCUGCAUUGCCCGAUCGUUGUUUAGCUGCUCGUUACAACAAGCCCCCUUGUAAGGCUUUCAUUAGAUAAUGUUGAGAUAAUAUUUCCAGCAAUGUAUUUUCCUUACUUCCAAAACUAUGUUUUUAAUAAAAGUUUAAUUACUUA